AUGGCAUCCGGCUCGGACACAAACGAUGACCUUUACUAUCUCCAACCCGAUUUCGACUUGAAUUCACUGACAGUGCCACGGCUUCGGUCCAUCCUUGUUAACCACGAUGUUCCAUACCCCGCCUCUGCGAAGAAAUCACAGCUUGUUGCCAUCUUGGAAAGCGAUGUUCUUCCAAAAGCUAAGAAGCUACUGCGCGAGCGGGACCGUGUGCGAAGGACAAGCAGGGGGAUAACGAACAUGCCAAAUCACAAUGAUGUCGGUGGAAAUGUCGAGGAGGAGAUUGAGACAAUCGAUAGGCGCCAGAGAACGACGCCCAUACGGCCAAGCGGCAAGAAAUCGAGGAAAAGCGAGGCCUACCAUACCCCUCAUACACCCCAUUACGACGAUGUAGUGACCCCGACGGCCAUCAAGAGCGAUUACACCACGGAGACUGUUUUUACGGAUGACAAUCCUUUCCAGGGAGGCAGCUCUCCCUUAGAUACCCCCCAAGCUCGGGCUGUAAGCUCGGAACAACGUAGAAAGAGUGGGAUGCGACGUUCGUCCGAGACAGAAGAGAGAAGGAAACGCAGAUCUGACUUGCGGAUGCCGAUAAAGGUGAAGCAAGAGGACGAUAUACAGGUCCCUACACGAUCUACAUUUGACGUGCCAAUUUCUAAGCUAAAGAUGAUGCCUAAGUUCGAGGAAUCGAGUGAUUUUGGUGCCGGAGAAGAAUUUACACCCGAUGAGCAACUGGCUCUAGACCAGGAGGAGGCAUAUAAUGGAAGGCGAACAUCUAUACUAAGGGGCCAACGGCAAACGCAAGGUGGAACCGGCACAUUCUUAUCGUGGUUUGUUAUUUUAACCCUGCUGAGCGGCUUUGGUCUUUGGUGGAGAAAAGAGAAGCUCGAUAUAGGCUAUUGCGGCGUCGGCAAGGCACAUUGGUCGUUAGAGGAUACCAAUGUCCCCAGUUGGGCCAAUGUUAUCGAGCCACAGUGUGAAAUAUGCCCCCAGCAUGCUUUCUGCUACCCCAAUUUUGAAGCUGGGUGUGAGCAAGGCUUUGUGCUCAAACCUCACCCGCUAUCUCUAGGUGGGAUAAUCCCUUUGCCUCCUACGUGUGAAGCAGAUGGCGAAAAGGCGCGCCGCAUCAAGGUGGUCGCGGAUAAAGCUGUUGAAGAAUUACGAACCCAGCGCGCAAAGUUCGAGUGCGGUGAAACUACCAAAGAAACGAAUGAGGUAGUUUCUACGCCAGAGGUUACAGCUACUGAGCUCCAAGCGAAAGUAGGCAAUCUGAGAAGGAAAGGAAUGUCUGACGAGGAAUUUGAAGACCUUUGGAAAGGGGCAUUGGGCGAGAUUACUGGCCGUGAGGAAAUCGUUGUCAGCACAGGUCCAUCCUCCGACUCAGACUUCAGACUUACAUCAACGUCACUCGCAAAGCUCUCCUUCAGUUGCUCCAUCCGCCGACACCUCAGACUCUCUAUCCUCGCGUAUCGACUCCCUAUUCUCGUUUUAGUUCUACUCCUCUUAUUCGCCACCUAUAUCCGAUCGCGUAUUUUAGCUGGGCGAUCUGAUGCUGCCCGCGUUCCAUCCUUAGUCGGUAUGACGCUUGAUCGACUUGCUACUCAGGCCGCACUUCAUGCACGCGGCGAAGCAUUAGAGCCCUGGAUAUCUGUUGGGCAACUCCGUGAUGAUGUAUUGCGCGAUGAGCUGCGAGGGAGUCGUCGUGAGAAGCUGUGGAAGCGUGUUCGAGCAAUUGUUGAAGGCAAUGCUAACGUUAGAGCUUCUGUCCGCGAAGGCCGCGGCGGUGAUGUCUCUAGGGUAUGGGAAUGGAUUGGUGGAGUGAGCGGUGUUGUGAACGAGUGGGAUUCCGCUAAUCGUCGAGAAAGCUCGAAAGUUAAAUUCUCACUUUCACCUUCUUCUGAAGGUGUGGCGGUACAUUCCCCUGAGCCUGGCUCGAGAAGAGAGAGCAAGAAAUGGGAUGAAGGAAGGGCAAUCUAUUAG